AUGGAAAAGGGUUCUCAGCCCUUAACUGAAAGCAAGAAGGAAGAUCUUGAAGCACUUCUGCACUCAGAGUCUGCUGCGUUUGAAUUCAAGCAUUGUCUGAGGGGUCUUCAGUUGGACUCCAACUUGAAGAUGCUUGAUCAACAGAUUGAUCUGAAGAUAUCAGAGAUGGAAAAACAUGAUACUGAGUCUCCAAGGCUGUUGCAGAGACAAAGGUAUAGAGUUUAA